UGUCCUUCCGCAGCUUCUAGGAAACUGAAUAGUGAGAGCAGUGGAACCGUUGUAGUAUGGCAUAUUGUGAUAGCUUUGGUGUCUGGAAUUAUUAUUGGCAUUCUGGUUUCCUACAUUGUCUGGUGUUCUUGUCGUCGUUGGUUGAAAAACAGAAGACCUCAAUCAAAUCCUGAAACACAAAAAACUGAAGUUAAUACAAUUUAUCAAGAGCUUGAUCUUUCAAAAAUGAACAAAGAAGAAAAUUAUCAAUCGCUGAGAGUAAAUGCUGCAAGCUAUGACGUUCCAACUGACGAUGACUCUACUUAUACUGAGUUGAGCAAAACCAGAGAUGAGGAGAACAAGUAUCAAUCUUUAACUUAA